AUGCGAUUACCCGUCACCUCGAAAUUGGGAACCAAGCUCAAGCGCGAAACAGACCAGUUUAGACGCGAGCUACACCAAGUGUCCAAGGUAAAGGCGACCUCGAGUCAACUCGCUUUAGACAGCGAAGGGUGGUGGGUGCACUUCCCGAAUGGAGAGCCGCCAUUCUUCUUCCAUCCGAUUCCCGAGGACGAGUACCUGGACAAGUUGAAACAGCGCGAGGUUGAAUUUACCGAGCGCCACCUAUUCAUCUCUUUCAUCGACAACAUGUUUGGCUGGUCGGUGGAUUACGUGCCGCCGUUUCAACAAGCGUCGGGCACUACGAUAGCGCAUGCACGAUUCUCGAAACGCCUUCGUUGCUCGCUGCCAGAAGCUUGCCAGACUUUAGGACGUAUCGACAUCAGUCAGUGA